GUGUGUUGCCUUUGAAAACGAAACUAACUUCACCAGUUCAUUAAGGAAGUAGUAGCCUAGAGGAGGCGUGUCCACUACUUUCGAUAUGUAGAGUAGAAAUAUAAUGUAGAAAAUAGCUUAAAUACUCGAGAUAAGCCCUGACAUCUUCACAUUGAGAAGAGCUAGGCUGCUGUCUGAUGACUUCACUCACAGAGAUGCAGAUGGAUUUGGAGUUUCAGCGGGUGCUGUUAAAGGUGCAGACGUUUCUCACUGUCGAUGAGGUGCAGGACCUGAUGUUCCUCUGCUCUGAUCUGCUGAGUCUGAAAGACCUCAGCACCGUGACCUCAGCCAGACAGCUGUUCAGUCUUCUGGAGAACAGGGGCCUGCUGUCAUGGGAGGAUCCGUCUCUGCUUCUAGAGCUGCUCAGGAUCCUGAAACGGAACAGCCUGAUCCGCAAUCUGACCUCAGAGGAUUUUAUGCUAACCAACGGCACAACAUAUAGUCAACAUAUCUCCCCAUACAGACAGUUGUUGUAUGAGCUGUCAGAGUCCAUCUGUGAGCAGGACCUGAAAAACAUCAAAUUCCUACUGUUAAAAACACUACCGCGUAAAAAACUGGAGAAGGACACGACUCUGUUGCAGUUGUUUUUGGAUUUGGAGAAGGAGGACCUUUUGGAUGAAAAUAAUUUGGAUGUUCUACAGAAAAUUAUUGCAGAUAUCAAUCCCAGUUUAGAAAAAAGAAUCAUUCAAUACAAAACGGAGAGUUGUGAGACAGGUGGAAUGGUUAUUGCUCAGGAGACCGGGGAUAUUACUCCUGCGUUGUACUCACCUGCUCUGCCCUCAUUGCUGACAUCACUUACAUCGGUUGAUGUAAUGGAGGAGCAUGUGGACAGACUAAGUCUGACUGAAGGUGCUGCUGCGGUUAGUGGAGAUCAGAGCCUGCACUCAGUGAUUAAAAACGAGAGCUUACACAUGUCUGUGACUGAAAAGCCAGAGAUCCAGCAGUAUGAGAUGAAGGGGGACAAGAGAGGAGUCUGUCUGAUCAUCAACAACUGUGACUUCAAAGACUGUGGACUACGGAACAGAGACGGAACAGACAUUGACAAAAAAAGUCUGGAGGCUGUGUUCCAGUGGUUGGGCUUUGAGGUCCUGACCAAACAGAACUGUGAUCGCCAUCAGAUUCUGCAGGUGCUGAGGGACCUGGUCGCUCGUGACCACACGUCAACGGAUUGCGUGGUGUGCUGCGUGCUGAGCCACGGACAAAUAAAAGGCAUUGUCGGGGUUGAUGGACAGAUUGUCACCUAUAAGGAGUUUAUAGAGACCCUGAGUCCAAGUCAGUGUCCCUCUCUCUUCAAAAAACCCAAACUGUUCUUCAUCCAGGCCUGCAGGGGUACCGACGAGCAGCCAGCAGUAUUUCCUCAAAUUUUCCCAGAUGAUGAAGUCAUGCCAGUCAGUGAUGCAGCUGCACCCAGAGACUCCAUACCUGAGAUGGCAGACUACCUGUUAGCUAUGUCCACUGUGCCACACUACGUCUCGUACAGGGAAAAAGACAAUGGAUCCUGGUUUAUGCAAUCCCUCUGCCACAACUUGAAACUGCUGGUGCCAGGGGGUGUCGAUCUACUCUCCAUUCUGACGCAGGUGAAUAGCGAUGUGAGCGAAAAGACAGACAAAAGCGGUUUGAAGAAGCAGAUGCCACAGCCAGAGUUCACCCUCACCAAGAGAGUGGUUUUCCCUCCACCCAAGACUCCCCCGCCCCAUCCAUAAUGUCCUGCAGUCCGUGAUACCUCUCAAACACAUCAGCAUGCACAGAUACACAGAUGUUCAUCAGUGAUGUUUACAUGAUCUAAGUGUGUGGAUUAUAAAUGUGAUGAAAUACUGAAUGCGAUGUUCACAUACGGUAAUUUCCACUUCCUAAGAAAACAAAUGGGAUAUUUGAGAUAUUUUAUGUAAUCAACUAAGAUGUAGUUGUUUUAAAAUCGCAGUGACAAUAAUACACAGUGUGCACAAGCCUCAGAUGAGCACAAUACAAUCUAUGCAAUUUACAUGAAACUUGAAUGGAUUUUUCAUGCCAUCCUCAGGCAGGACAUGAGCACAUAUUGCACACAUGGGGAUGUAUUCAAUAGAUCUGCCAGCUACUGUACAUACAAAUGUCGGAUAAAUGUCUUGUUUUUGUUGACUUUCUUUCAUAAGGAACUGUUUACAAGUUUUCAGUAACGUGUUACUGGUCACAGAGAGAUGAUACAGUGAAUACAGAAGUCUGAAGUCUUGUUGUUUAAUACAGCACAGUCCUGCACAAUCAUGAAGUGUAAAUAGAACAUUCAAUUUUCAAAUUCGCCCCCAAAACAAUGCUGUUUAUGUUUCUGCUGGGGAAAAGACUAUGAUUUCACUUGUGUGUAUCUGUCCAAGAGGCACAGUGCUCUUAUAUUUGAUGAUAAAGCACUUUUGUUUGUUGCGCUGAUAGUUUCCACACAAGGCAACAUUUUAAGGUACAGGGAAAGCCUGCUGCUGCUGUUUAUUGCCCUCUGCUCUCUAAAUAAAUGAAAUCAAAAUUGUAUGGUGACCUAGGCCUACUUAAAAUUCAUGAGAUAUUUAAUUUGAGUGACCAGAGCUGGGUAGUAACUGAUUACAUGCAAUCAAGAUUAAAUAAUCAGAUUCCAAAAAAUGAGUAGGCUACUUGUAAUCUGAUUAAAUUACAUUUAAUCAUAAUCAGACUUUUUUAUUGAUUACAUAUUAUUCAUCAUUUAGUGAUUCUUCCUGAUUCCUCAUUUUCAUCUUUUAAAUGUUCCUUUCUAAAAUAACCUACCAUUUAUAUACACUCAGAAAGUCUUCCAGUUUUGUCGACAUUACUAAGACCAGUCACUAGGUGGCUACACAGCAUUUGACCUUUUGGAUUUGACAAAAAAAUAAUUUCAGGUUUAAGAAGUGUUUCAACAUUGCAUCAAACUGAUAAACACAUCAGAGGCUUCAUGACCAUUCAGAAAGUCCAUCCAUGUCAUUGCAAUUCUUUCACCUAAUAUGCUUGAAAGUAGCCUACCCUGAUAUUUUAAAAAUAAUUAUUGUAAUAAUUAUCAUAUUUGCGUGUUCACUGUUCUCUGACGUUGGUUAAUGAUCACAUUACAAGUAGGUAACAUAAAAUAUUUCAAAUUUUUUAGUAAGUGUUUUAUUUUCAUUGUUGUUAUUUUAAAAUGCUUUAUUUUAGUUUUACAUUUUUAUGAUUUAAUUAAAUUUGAAUUAAACUCCCCUUGCAGUUCA